UCGUCCUGGCCUAUAGGGCCGCAGCAAAGUGUAUUUACAUUGGUGAUUAUUUUAUAUAUUUUUUUGUUAAAGUGAAUAAAAUAUAAUUAGCAACAAAAACAAAAUCUGCUACCGCGGCGCGACUGCUGUGACCAUGAAGACGCUGACGGACUCCGCCAGGUGACGGGCGAGGCGUGGAGCUCCCGGGCUGAAAGACGCGCGGCGCGGAAUCUCGGAGAUAAUGAUGCCGGAACCGGUCCCGGGAUCGCCGAGGAUGAAGAACAGGGAGUCGCACAAUGCAGUGGAGCGACAUCGGAAGAAAAAGAUCAACUACGGCAUCAACAAGAUCGGAGACCUGCUGCCGUGCUCGGCCGCACUCAAGCAGAGCAAGAACAUGAUUCUGGAGCAAGCGUCGAUUUACAUCACGGAGCUGAGGAAGAGGAAUGAGCAGCUGCUGCUGAACAGCGGCACACCAGAGCAGGUGGAGGAAAUCCGCCGCCUGCGUUCGCAGCUGGAGGUGCUGCGCCAGGAGAACGACCGUUUCGCGCAGCUCCUCAGGGCCAACGACAUCUGCCUCUUCGACGACCCCACCGUGCACUGGAAGGGCAAGGCCCGGGUCCGGCGGGCGCCGCCCGCGACGCCGGGAGUCGCCGCGCUCGUGGCAACGGCACGGGGGGCGGCGGUGCCGGUGUUGGUGCCGCAGCCGCCGCAAGCGCUGAUCGUUUACCCCGGGGCUCGCGGCCACGGCCCCCACGGCGGCGCGCACGGCUCGGCGGCGGUGGCGGCGGUGGCGGCUUGCGGGACGCUGGAGGUGAUGGGCGCGGUGCAGACGCGGAGUCCUGGAACACAGACGCAGAGUCCUGUGGUCCAGACGCAAAGUCCUGGAACCCAGACGCAGAGUCCCGUGGUCCAGACACAGAGUCCUGGAACAGAGACACAAAGUCCCGUGGCGCCCCCCGGUGAGCUCGACGUUCGCGAGCCCGUCGCGUCGAACGGGACGGACAAUGGCCGCCACGACGGAGCCGCCGCGGUCGCCGCGGCGACGGGGAGCCCCGGCGCCGCGGACGCGCGGGGGCCGGACGUUGCCGUGCAGCCUGACCCACCGGCGGCGGCGUCGUCGCUCUCGCCGUCCCCGCCGCCGGUUCCCUCGCCGCCGGCCGCCCGCGGCGCCGGCGACGCCGGGAACCCGCCGGAGACUCCGGAGAGUCCCCCUCCCUCGCGGGCGCCCGGCGAGUUGCCGGCCGCCGGUUUGGUUUCGCCGCGAGCUCCGUCGGAGGCUCCGGCGCCGGUCCCGCCGCCCGGAAGUUCGCCGCCGACGGCCCCUCGGGUCGCCGCGUCGGUCGGCGUGCCGCCGCCGCCUGCGGCCGCUCUGAUCGCGGGGACGUCGGCCCGGAGCGUCACCGCCGCGCAGCAGCGGCAGCAGCGGCGGCGGCAGCAGCAGCGGCGGGGCGGGGCGACGGGCGUCACCGGAGCGCAGCAAACGCCGCUGCUCGUCGUCCAGCAGCCGCAGAGGAGGGGAACGUCGUCCCGCACCGGACACAUCGGCGGGCCGAGACUCGGCGCGGCGGCGGGCAGGACGCCCGCCGCCGGUAACUCGGGCUGCUGCAAGGGAGGCGGGCGCCCGCUCGUGAACAUCCUGCCACGACCGCCCCCCGUCUCCCCCGCCAACGUCGCCAAUGUCGUCGCCGCCGCCGCCGCGCCGAGGCAGCGGGCGGCCCCCGUGCCGGGUGUGGCGUCCCAGACGGUGCUGGUGAACGGGCAGCUGUUCAACAUCCAGCCGCUCAGCCCCUCGCCCGCAGCCUCCUCCUCCUCCCCUCCUUGUUCGUCGUCGUCGUCGUUCCUCUCCCCCUCCUCUUCCUCCUCCUCCUCGUCGCUCUCCUUCGCCGAGGGGCACGCCGCCCGCAUGCAGAUCCUUCGGCCCGAACCGGGGUCCGACUCCGGCGCCGUCACGGGCGCCAGCGCGGCGCUCAGCGCCAUCGCCUGCCUCAACCGCAGCAUCUCGGAGGGGGCGCCGAUCCGCCCGGCGGCGGCGCCGGUGCCGUCGCACGUCCGCGACGCCGGUGCCGGCGCCGGCGGCGGCGCUGCCCUCAAGACUGUGCGGGCGCUGCUGGGCAGGAAGAGGAAGAUGCGCGGGAGGAGGGAGUCGGCGCCCAAGCAGAAGCGCGGGCGCAGAAGGGGCCCCCCUCCCACCGCCACCGACGACGGCGCCGCCGGCGGGGAGAGCGGAGAGAGGAGCGGCGUGCCGGAGAGAGCCGUGGAGGCAGUCGUCCGUGGCUGCUGCCGGGCUGGGAAGGGCGCCGGCGGCGGGCGCUCCUCCGUCUGGCGGAGGUGGCGAUUUGUCGGUGCCGGCGGCGGCGCCGGCUGUGGCGGCGGUACCGGAACCGGUGACGGUGACGGCACCACCGGCGCCAGCGGCGAUGACGGCAGAAGCGUCGCCUCACUCUGCCUCGAGUGGUGUGGUGACUCAUCCAUCUUCCCUCGAUCUUCCUCCUUCACCGACUCCUCCACCUCUGGCCCCUCCGUCUCUGGCCCCUCCACCUCUGGCUCCUCCGUCUCUGGCUCCUCCAUCAUCAACUCCUCCGUCUCUGGCUCCUCCGUCUCUGGCUCCUCCACCUCUGGCUCCUCCGUCUCUGGCUCCUCCGUCUCUGGCUCCUCCGUCUCUCGCUCCUCCAUCACCGACUCCUCCGUCUCUGGCCCUUCCGUCUCUGGCCCCUCCAUCUAUGGCUCCACCACCUCUGGCUCCCAUGCCUCCCGCCCCCACGUCUCUCCCCGCAUCUCCCCCCACUUCUGCCACGCUGCGCCCCGUGUCUCCCCCCACGUUUCCCCCCACGUCUCUCCCCACAUCUCCCCCCACAUCUCUCCCCAAAUCUCCCCCCACGUCUCCCCCCACAUCUCUCCCCGCGUCUCUCCCCACAUCUCCCCCCACAUCUCCCCCCACAUCUCUCCCCGCGUCUCCCCCCACAUCUCUCCCCGUGUCUCUCCCCGUGUCUCCCCCCACGUCCCUCCCCACGUCUCUCCCCACGUCUGCCACGCUCUCCCCCGUUCUCGCCUCGACCCCCACCGCGACUCUGUCCGCUGCCGUGACCCCUGGGGCCGAUCUUUCACCCCCUGCCCCCCGUCCUCUGCCUAGCCACCAACCCUCUUCUCCAGCCGUCCCUUCAUCUCUCCUCUCCUCUUCCCCUCCUCCUGUUACCUCCUCCUCCUCCUCUUCGUCGUCACCUCUCCCGCCUCCCUCUGCUUCACUCCUCCCCCCCCGAUCUUC